AUGGGCGUAACCGCCAAGUUCCUGCGCGCCGUCGUGCGCAACGAUGCUAUGCGCAGCGAUCCCGACGAAAUCUAUGGAUGGCGCGUCUUCACCCUCGUCUUCUCCGCCUGCUUCGGCGGCAUGCUGUUCGGCUGGGACACGGGCUCCAUCGGUGGCAUCCUGACCAUGCCCGACUUUCAGGAGAGGUUCAACUACGCUCACAGCUCGCCCAAGGCAAAGUCCGACAUGAACCAGAACAUUGUCUCGACGCUGCAGGCAGGAUGUUUCGCUGCGUGCUUCUUCACCAGCUGGAUCACCGAUCGAUAUGGCCGCCGAGCUGCCCUGAUGGGCUCUGGCUUCCUGACCAUCAUCGGCAUCAUCUUCCAGGCUGCGUCUGCCGCCAAAGGCACGAUUGCUGUCAUGUAUGUCGGUAGAUUCAUUGCUGGCCUGGGAAUCGGAGCUGCGUCUGCAUUGACUCCGUUGUAUGUCUCCGAGUGCGCUCCUCGUGCCAUCCGAGGUGGUUUGACAGCCUUUUACCAAUUGUUCAACGUCUUCGGCAUCAUGCUUGCUUUCUGGGUUAACUACGGAUGCCUCUUGCACGUCCCAGCCCCUGCAAUCUACGUUGUCCCUUUGACCUUGCAAGCUCUGCCUGCCAUCUUCUUGAUGGGCGGCAUGUUUCUUUCUCCUGAGAGUCCCCGAUGGUGCGCCAGAAGAGACGAUUGGGACCGAGCCAAUAAGAUUCUCAUCAGGCUCCGUGGUCUGCCCGCCGACUCGGAGUAUGUCCAAAACGAGAUUCAGGAGAUGGCCGAUCAACUCGAACAUGAGAGACGACUGACCGGAGACGCUACCUUCAAGACACUCCUCAGGGAAAUGUGGACGAUUCCUGGCAACCGAAAGCGUGCCAUCAUUUCCGUGUUCCUCAUGAUCUUCCAGCAAAUGACUGGUGUCAACGCCAUCAACUAUUAUGCUCCCCAAAUCUUCGCUAACCUCGGAAUGACUGGCAAUGACUCGUCGUUAUUCGCCACUGGAAUAUACGGCGUUGUCAAGACGGCUGCCUGCGGAGUCUUCCUCCUCUUUGUGGCAGAUUCGCUUGGCCGACGCUGGAGUCUGCUGUGGACAGCCGGCGCUCAAGGCAUCUUCCUCUACAUUGUUGGCAUCUACGGAAGGGUCCAACCCCCUGUUGCCGGACAGCCUGUCACGGCUUUUGGAUACGUUGCCAUUGCUUGCAUCUAUCUCUGGGCUGCGUCGUUCCAGUUUGGCUGGGGUCCCGUCUGUUGGAUUCUGGUCAGCGAGAUCCCCACUGCCCGGCUGCGUGCCAUGAACGUGGCCAUUGGCGCAGCCACUCAAUGGCUCUUCAAUUUCGUUUGCGCUCGAUCCGUUCUAACCAUGCAGACCACUAUGGGCAAGGCCGGCUAUGGCAUGUUCUUCAUGUUUGGCAGCUUCUGCUUCAUCAUGGGCAUCUUCGUGUGGUUCUUCGUGCCCGAGACCAAGGGUCUCAGCCUGGAGAGAAUGGACGAGCUGUUUGGCGUCACGGAUCUGGUGAAGAAGAUCGACUCUGAGCCCGAGGCCGGCCACGCGGACAGCAUUCGGGAGGAAGUCGAGAUCAAGUCGUGA